GUUAUACAGCACGGCUUAGUCUCUUACUCACAACAUGAACAACAUCAGUGUCGAUAUCAACCAUUUGAAGAAGGGUGAGGUCAACUUGGGGACCUCUAUCAUGGCCGUGACCUUCAAAGACGGCGUCAUUUUGGGUGCCGACUCGCGUACCACCACUGGCAGUUACAUUGCCAACCGUGUCACCGAUAAAUUGACCCAGAUCCACGACACGAUUUGGUGUUGCCGUUCCGGCUCCGCCGCUGACACCCAGGCCGUUGCAGACAUGGUAAAGCAUUACUUAGAGUUGUACGAGGCCCAGCACCAGCAACCUCCUUCUACACAUACCGCGGCGUCCGUGUUCCAGGAAAUCUGUUACACGAACAAGGACAACUUGACCGCGGGGAUCAUUGUGGCCGGCUACGACAAGAAGACAGGCAAGGGCGAGGUCAUUUCGGUGCCGUUGGGUGGAUCUAUGCACAAGCAGGAGUAUGCCAUUGCCGGUUCCGGUUCCACGUUCAUUUACGGGUACUGUGACGAAAACUACAAGAAGGACAUGACGCAGGAGGAAACCAUCCAGUUCAUGAGAUACUCCUUGGGCCAGGCCAUCAAGUGGGACGGCUCGUCCGGUGGGGUGAUCAGAAUGGCCGUCUUGACCGCCAGGGGGGUUGAGAGAUUGAUCUUUUAUCCAGAAGACUACCAGAAGCAGUAGAGUAUAAACGUUUGUAUUUUAUUCCGUGUAAAAGGGAGUCAUUGAUAGAACUGGCAUCAGACAAGGGUGGGGUCUCGGGGAAAAAUUAACCUCAUGGGUGUAUUUUUGAGGAUCUUACUUUCCGUGGAGACAUACUGUGUUUCAAAACUGGAUUUUUAUACCUUGGCUAGAGAUUAUAAUCAGUAGCGAUGUAGGAUUUUGUGGAAAUUUUGAAUGCAGGCAAACGAGUGUGGAAUUCUAAACCCUUGACAGGUUCCUCCAAGCUAGGAGCACUAAAAGGGAGUUUUUCAAACUGGC